AUGGCCGACGACGCCUUACGUCACGCGACUACCAGUAGCAACAAGAACAACGCCGCCACUGACAGCAACACCAUCAACAGCAGCACCCCAUCGACCGCUACGAGCUCAUACACCAGCGCGCCGCCCGGCAACGCAAUCCGCCGGGCCAAAACCGUCGCCGAGAACAGCCCAAGCGCUACGCGUCGACAGACCACGACAUCAUCCCCCACCGCUGCGCGGCGCUUCUCAUCCGACUCAGCCGGGGCGUUUGAGCCACUACGGAGGAGGAGCUCCAACUUUUCCAACUACGGUGUCAACGAGGCCCGAUCCACCAUGAACCCACAUGGCAAGGCCGCCGCCGGAGCACACGAUGGCGCAGACCAAGGCGCGCAAGAGCUGUCGUCGCUCGCGGGCCUGUCGCUUGCAUUUGCGCUGCUCCCCGCCAUUGCCGGCGCGCUGUUCAAGAACGGAGGCGCCGUGACGACCGACAUUAUGCUGCUGGGCCUGGCCGGCGUCUUUCUGCACUGGUCGGUCACGCAACCUUGGAUCUGGUACCACUCAGCGCAGCAGGUGCGCAUCCAGCACGAAGCGAACGCUGCAGAUAUCGACGUCUUUGAAGAUAACGACGACGAAUUUGCUGACAGAGCCUCGCACCUAGAUGACCUUCCAGAAGACGAGGCAGCACGGGCCACAAAUAUCGACGAUAAUAGCGAGAUUGUAUCGGAGAAAAAGCCCAGAUCCGCCGCGCAGCAAUCCGCCCUCAACGAGCUCUACCUGCACGAAGUCAUGGCGCUUGUUUCGUGCUUCUCACUGCCGCUCAUUAGUGCAUUCCUCCUUCACAUGAUCCGCGCCCAGCUCAGCAGGCCGUCCGAGGGCCUGGUCUCCAACUAUAACCUCACUAUCUUCGUCCUUGUCUCCGAGGUGCGCGUGCUCUCGCAUAUGAUCAAGCUGGUCCAGGCCCGUACGCUGCACCUGCAGCGCAUUGUGCAUACUAGCAACCCCUUUGGCACCGCCGCUCUGCCCACCGACAAUAGAUUCCGCAUUAACGCCAUCAUGGAACGCCUCGACGCGCUUGAGUCUGACGCGGCGGCGGCGGCGGCAUUGCCGGAGGAGCCUAAGGACGACGAUAGCACCGCAUCGGCCAGAGCCGCGCAGGAGGCCGUCCUUGCCAAGGACGUCCGCGGCGCCAUCCAGCCAGAACUUGAUGCCCUCAACCGCGCCGUCCGUCGCUACGAGAAGAAGUCGACCCUGCUGCAGUCCCACAUCGACGCGCACCUCGCUGCCAUUGACGCACGCGUCCAAGACGCCAUCGCGCUGGCUGCCGUCGCCGCCAAGAACAGUUCUCAGAGCAGCAACAGCCUCCUCGCGCGCAGUUUCGACGCCGUCAUCACUACCGCGCUCUUUCCCUUCCACGCCGUGCUACAACUUAUCCUCAUGCCCAUCCGCUGGGCGCUCCCCCUCACCCGUAGCGGUACCGCUAAGAAGACGAAGAGAGGUGCGGCAGGUUGCGGCCGCGGGAGCCCCCAGACAGCAGGCAAGCCGCCUACUCGCGGCGCGCGCAGGAGCGAGCCGACCAGCCAGCCGCGUUACAGUGGCGAUAAGAUGCCUUCACGCCUGGCACGGAAAUGA